CAAGCUAUCAAUCCUACAAAAUACCAGUGAUACCUGGGACCUCAUACUCAUUAUCAUCGACCCCAUCACUCUUCACCAACCAUGGCAGAGACGAGCCCAAAAAUCAAGAUUAUGGCGGGUGCCGCGCCAGACCUAUCUGCGGCUACAUUCCAAAUUUUCGAUGAGUCACAUACGAUUGGAAAUGCUCUGCGGUGGAUGAUCAUGAAAAACCCGAAGGUGGAGUUUUGCGGAUAUAGCGUGCCCCAUCCUUCCGAAAACCUCAUUCAGCUGCGAAUACAGAUGUAUGAUGGGCUCUCGUCCUUGAAUGCGCUCCUUGAAGCACUGACGAAUCUUGAUGCUGUAUGUGAAACCGUCGAAAACAAGUAUCACGCAAGUCUUGCUACUGAAUGACUAUGAGCGGUGGGAAGAGAGGAGCUAGGCAGUGCUGGUGUGCUGGUGUGUGCAAGCCACUUUCACGACGAGUACACUACGGUCGUUUGUCCGUUGUGCACGCAAUAAUCCCUUCUGGAGUUUGGCGCAGUAUCACAUAUGCAUCGUCCUGUACGUAACGAUUUGUCUUGCGAACUUGU